AUGGGCCGCUUGCAGCCAGUGCUUGAGGCAGACCAUGGGAGGGGACUCCACUGCGUAAGGCGUCCCAUCUUACUGGACUCGGCUUUCCUGAGCGAGCCUGCCCAGCCGAGCCCGAAUGUCAGGAACGCAGGCAAUGCAGGGCCGAAGAAAGAGCUACGCUUCCGCCUCUUCUGCGAUGAUCUUGGCCGCAACUGUGAGCCAUCAGACGAGUGGGGUGGGCCUGCGCGGCAGAAACCAGAGCAGGCCAAAGCGCCUACUUUAGAACGGCGGAUCUUCCCAUCCGCAGCCUUGGUCCUUCCGAGAUGGAAAGCUAAGGACAAGGAGAGAGAGGCCCGUUUCUUGUAA